UCCUGUAGGAAAUAAACCAUAAUUCAUCUUACUUGAGGUUAAAAAUGAAUUCAACACAUGCAAGAAUGCAAGAAGAAGAUAUGACCGUACACUCUGAGUGUUAAGUGAAAUAUUGUCAUUUAUUUAAUUUAUUCAGCAAAUAACACACAAUGCAUUGCAGAAGGGGCAAUAAAAUACACUGAAAACAAGCAUUGCCAAUCAUACACAAAAGAUUUCGAUUCCUUAUUCUUUAUCCUAAAAUGAUUUAAAAAAAAAAAAACGUCAAAAGAAACAGAAAUAUCCUUAAACUAAAGUCCGAGCUGUGGUGCUUCAACUCAAACUACAUUUCCCAUGAUGCCCCAGCACUCAGCCGUGUGUGCACGGUGCCUUCGCACGGCUUAUGCCGUCUCCGCAGAUGUAUAAACACUGCGGACCUGCCGACUCCAUCUUCUGGAAGCACGGAGGUAAAUCCAGUUAGUUUAUGCAGCUGCUAAAAUGCGUUGCCGCUCCUGAACGUAACCUCCGUUUAUAUUUGGCUUAAAGGAGACGCAACAAAGCGCACAAAAUGGUUGCGCUCCAGGCCCGGGCGAAUAAGUAGGUUUGCUAUAGCUUUAAGAACGCGAAAAUAGUGUCUGCUUCUUUAAAAUGAUAUGGGUUUAUUGCUGAAUAGAUAAUUAAGAAAAAAGUUUUCAAUGUCUAAUCAAUAAAUGUAUGCAUUUAAUUUGCGACGAAACCGGCGCAUUGACAGAAAAUGCCCCACUGUUGGAUAAAGGCCGCUUGCAAUCAAAACGUCUUUUAACCAGAUGUGGACCGUUUUUCCGCACAUCGCUACUAAACCUGCUUGACUUUAAGCGGAAUUCGAGGUAGGCUGAAGUGUCCUCACGGUGAUGGAAGCGGCCGGCGACCGAGCAGAGGAUGUAAAUAAAGGUGGCGAGCCGGCGGAGGACAAGGCCGCAGAGCAGACCCCGGCCACCAGUUCCAACGUUACCCCGCGGAGGGGGCUGAGGGAGCGCGGCGCGAGCCGCCCGAGGUCCGGCGGCUCCGCUUCAUUAACGGACGUUAACGGAGCAGCGUCGAGCCCGCAGAGCUCGGGACGGGUUUUGAGAGACAGGUCAACAAGGGCAGUACCGGCCUGGCUGAAGGACAGCAAGAGCGACGACGACGAGGACGAACCGAGCCCGGACAUCGGCGCGACUAAGCGGAGGAAAGUUUCCAACUCGAGGCGGAAGAAAAAUUCAGAAUCAGCGGGUCCGGCUGAGGCUGGAGGGCGGGUCGCAGGUGACAGCCUUCAAGGCACAGACUCCGAGGACCCAAAGAAACCUGCCACAGAUGCUCAAGCUCUUCCCUCUCGACGCCCCCCAGCCCAGACUCGUGCCAAGCCCCCAUCUGGCAGAGCUGGCCGCGGCUCUGCCAAGCCUGUGUGUAAGACCGAACCUGGAAUGGAGAAUCCAGCUGCAGUGGAAAGAGAGUUAAACAAUAAAGAGAAGUGUGACAUGAAGAUGAUGCCUCUUACGCUAGCGGUAGCAUGCACUAAUGUUUACGGUGGAUCUAUCGCUAUGGCUCGCCGAGAUGCUGUCAUUCAACCAUACCAGUUUGACCCAGAAUCGGACCCAGAGGGAGAGGCUCCUGAAGAAGUACAGGCUCUGCGGCUGCAGCAGGAUGUUUCAGAAUGUAAAAAGAAAGAGAAGGAAAGCGAGGAUGUUGCUGAGCCAGUGUUGGAUGAUGAAGACCCUCCAUUUCAGGCUGACCCACACGACCACAACAACCAGCCACAGAGUCAGAGUGGCACAGAGGAGGAAGAGGCCCUCAGCAGUGAUGAAGACGUUCCUUUUAGAGACGAUCUAAAUGACCAGAGCUAUGACCCGAAAGCUGAAAGGGAUGCUCCUAAACCAAAGCGUAGAGCUCCUCCUAAACAGAAGGAGAAGAAAGAGAAAGAAAAAGCACCUAAAAAAGAGAAAGAGGUCGCUGAGAUAAAGAUAGAAGGCUUGGACAAUGUGGAGAGUGUGGAAGAGGAAGUGAAGCUAGAAGAAGAAAUGGUGGAGGACCCAGAUGGACCCAGGAAGAGAGGUCGGCGGAAAAAAGACGAUAAAACGCCAAGGCUGCCAAAGAGAAGGAAGAAGCCCCCAGUGCAGUAUGUGCGCUGUGAAAUGGAAGGAUGUGGGACAGUCCUGGCUCAUCCUCGGUACCUGCAGCACCAUAUUAAGUAUCAACACUUGCUUAAGAAGAAGUAUGUCUGUCCUCACCCGUCUUGUGGGAGGCUUUUCCGCCUACAGAAGCAGCUGCUGCGACAUGCGAAGCACCACACAGACCAGAGGGACUACAUCUGUGAGUUCUGUGCUCGUGCCUUCAAGAGCUCCCACAACCUGGCUGUGCACCGCAUGAUUCACACCGGAGAGAAGCCCCUACAGUGUGAAAUCUGUGGCUUCACGUGUCGUCAGAAGGCGUCUCUCAACUGGCACAUGAAGAAGCAUGAUGCUGAUGCCACUUAUCAGUUCUCCUGCCCAAUUUGUGGCAAGAAGUUCGAGAAGAAGGACUGUGUGGUGGCCCACAAGGCCAAGAGUCACCCUGAGGUUCUAAUAGCGGAGGCACUGGCAGCCAACGCUGGCGCCCUCAUCACAACCCCCGCCUCCCUGCUGGAGCUUUCAGGAAGCCCCAUGCAAACAGAGGUCACUGCCCUGGAUGUGAGCCAAAUAGGGCAGGAUGGGCAGGUGGACCAGCUGAGCCAGGAAGGGCAAGUCGGGCAGCAAGUGGCUCAGGUGUCCCAGAUGGGCCACGUGUCCCAACAAGUGAGUCACCAGGUGGUUUUACUGGGACAAGACCAGAGCCUCCAUACCAUGCAGGUGCCAGUGACGAUCGCCCUGUCCCCCAUUGACCCCCCCUCGCCAGCUGACAACCAGCAGCAGACUCACCUCCAGCUCCAGAUGCCCGUCCAGUUUGUGCAGGCCGCUCAGCAGUCACAACUGACCCUCCAUUCCAGCUCAGUGGUGACCCAACAUCAACCCCAGCUCCAGUCUCUGCAGUCGUAUUCCUCCCAGCAGCAGAACCAGGGCCAGACGCAGAUCCUCCAGAUGACCUUCCAGCCAGUCAGCCAGUCUCAGACCCACAUUCAGCAGAUCCCCAUCCUAGCCACUUCUCAGCAGCUUCAGACCCUACAGACGGCCACCCCAAGCCCCCAUCCCCAUCCCCAGUCCCAGGAUCCAGCUUCCACCAACGGGGACAGCUUUAUUCUGGACAAUCCCGUGCUCUCGUCUUCCUCUCAGACAGAGGCUGUAGGGGAGGACGGUGUGGUGUGGGAGCAUACGGCACAGGGGGAAGUUCUGUCGGACGGCGCUGAGAGGCAUUUGCAGCAGGCCCUCAUGUAAAACACAAACCAGAAGCAGAUUUUGUCAUCUUUGACCCAGUAUACUGUAAUGCAAUGUUUGAGGUAAAUGUAGGAUCACCAAUAUAUUAAGUACUGUUCACUCAUAGUCAUAUUUGGUAGCUUUUUAGAAUAUCUGUAUCAGGGAAAGAUCUGUAUGUGUCUGUAUGUGUAAGUCAUUGCCUUUGUACAUAACAGUCCUGUAACUAGCCUUUUAUGUGAGUGUGUGAGUGUGUGUGUCUGUGUGUGCGCGUUGAUGCUGAGGUUAUGUCGCAAAGCUGUUGCUAUUAUGCAAUAAUAUAGCAUACCUCUUAGUAAUAUACAGCACAUUAAAUGCCUAGUGUGUGGCAUCAAGGUUCCUUCUGGAAUAAAUCAACUGUUUUUUAUUAUGAAUUAACACCAAAUACACAUUAGAAAGCUGUAAAACGUCAGUUUAAAUGAAUAGGCAGCUAUUUUUUCAUUUAUUGUCCAGAUCUACUGUAAAGCCUUUAUUUGAAAAGGUAAAAACGCUAAUGACAGAAAAUGAUUUAAAGUCACACAAAAAAUCUGCAAAGGUGUAGACAAAAAAAAGACAUUUCACAAGCCUGUAAAAAGUCACAAAAUGUGCAUAUUUUAGCAAUUUAUGUCAGUGUCAUGAAUAUGUUUCAAUGACAUCUGUGCAGUAGUGUUGUCCAAAAUAUAUAUAAUUCCCUCACCCACCAGAAAUAAAUGUACCUCCAUGCUGAUGCUCUUAUAUACAGAACACAUGCCUUGCGUUAUUUAUAUUUUAGUGAAAAUCUCAAAUUUAAUGCCCUCAGUGAUUUGUCAGUUUUUUUUCCCCAUGGUACCAAGUAUUGGUAUUUUUAAAGGUAUUGCAUCAAAGUUACAAAAUUCCAGUAUCACGACAGCACUACUGUGCAAAUGUGCGUUAAGCUUGGCUGCUUGUAGUCAUUAAAAAGAGUAACAUGCCUAUAAUAUAUGUACUUGUUAAAAAGUUCUUGGUUAUUAUAGGCAGACAGAGGGUGGCCGUGGACGUUGUAAAUCACAUUUGAACCUGUUAAAAUAACAGUAUAGCACAGUCACUGAAAUAGUCAGAUUUUGUCAAUAACCUUUCUAAGUGUAACGUAAUUUAAUAAGCAAAGCUAUGUAGAGACCUUGGAAAACAUAUGUAUGUCAAUACUAAAUCUGCACCUCUCUGAUUUGUGGUUUAGGAUGUGCUGUAGAGCAAACACAAAAACUGUUCAUUUAUAUGAUGUAAAUAAACGUCUUAACAUUUA